CUGCAGGUGGAGAUGGGAUGGAUGGUCCCAGAAACAGAGAUCAGCUCAGAGAUGAUAAAUAACCAGACGCUGGUGACACAGUUUAUCCUACAGGGCUUUUCGGUGCACCCAGAGUACCAGGUACUCCUAUUUGGCUGUUUCCUCUCCCUCUACACUGUGACCCUGACUGGCAAUGCUCUCAUCAUCCUGGCCAUCACCCUCCACCGUGGGCUCCACACACCCAUGUACUUCUUCUUGUUCAACCUGGCUACUAUGGACAUCAUCUGCACCUCUUCUAUCAUGCCCAAGACCCUGCAGGGUCUGUUGUCAAAGCAGAGCACCAUCUCCUAUGGGGGCUGCCUGGCCCAGCUCUACUUCCUAACAUGGGCUGCAUCCUCAGAGUUGCUUCUGCUCACAGUCAUGGCCUAUGACCGGUAUGCUGCUAUCUGCCACCCCCUGCAUUACAACACCAUGAUGAGCAAGGCAUUCUGCAGCCUGCUGGCCACUGGUGUGUGGACACUCUGUGCCUUCAACACGGCCAUACACACAGGGCUGAUGCUACGCUUGGAUUUCUGUGGCCCCAAUGUCAUCAACCACUUCUUUUGUGAGGUCCCCCCUCU